AUGAAGCAAUUCCUCAAAGAGAAGAAAUAUAUAGAUGAGGAAAAAAUUGAAGUGCAGGGUAAUUGCAAUGCCAUAUUGCAGAAGACACUACCUCCUAAAUUCAAAGAUCCAAGGAGUUUCAUCAUCCCUUGCACCAUUGGGAAUCAUGAUAUAGGGAAGGCUCUAGUUGAGUUAGGAGCUAGUAUCAAUCUAAUGCCCUUAUUUAUGCUUAAGAAGAUUGGUGGUCUGGAGGUCAAACCUACAAAAGCAAUCUUGCAAAUGGCAAACAUGUCCAUUAAGCAUCCUUAUGUGAUGGAGAUGGAGGAGAAUGUAGAGAUACCGCUCAUCCUUGGAAGGUCAUUCAUGAAGACAACUAAGGUUGUCAUUCAUGUGGAUGAUGAAGUUAUAACGUUGAAAGACCAAGAUGAAGAGGUGACUUUCAAUGUCUUUGAAGUUGGGCAGCCAAUACAAGUAACAAAGACUAGUCCUAAAGCUAAAGACGAAGUUCUAUCAGUGACUAGUCACCUGAUAAAGUUGUCAAGAUGGUCAAGAGGAAUCAUAGUUGUUACUUUCCAAGGCUGA